AGAUAUUUUUUUUAUGCAAAAGCUGUCUGAGGAAGGAAAACAAAACGCGAAAGCUACGAAGCAAAGACGCGCAACACCGUAAAUCGCGAAGAAUACUACAGCUGUUGAAGGAAAUCGAUCUUUGUCUACACAAGAGUGAUUUGGUGUGAAGAAUUCUGAUCGACGAGGAAAGACGAUUUCUAGGGUUUCGACGAGUUCUCAAAUUGAGAUUCCGACAGAUUGGUUGAUUUGGAGAGAACUCCAACGAAGAUGGCAGUUCAUGAUCAAAGUGGAAGUGUGGUUAAAUCUCAAAUCGGAACUUCGAGGAAGAGAAAAUCUAGGAGUAGAAGCGAUGGCACGACAGUGGAGGAGAAAUUGAAGAAGUGGAAAGAAUAUAACGAGAACGUAGAGGCCACUGGAGAAGGCGAGAGGCCGAAACGUAAAGUGCCGGCAAAAGGGUCGAAGAAAGGUUGUAUGAAAGGAAAGGGAGGACCCGAGAAUGCUCGCUGUAAUUUCAGAGGGGUUAGGCAAAGAACUUGGGGGAAAUGGGUUGCAGAGAUUAGAGAGCCAAAUAGAGGCAGUAGAUUGUGGCUUGGCACUUUCCCGACAGCGUACGAGGCUGCUGCUGCUUACGACGAGGCUGCUAAGACUAUGUACGGGCCGUUAGCUCGUCUUAAUUUCCCGUCGGUUUGUCCUUCGGUUGGCACUCCAUGUGGGUCCGACAUUACUUGCUCGUCGAGUCAGUCCGAGGUAUGCACAGUGGAGGAUGUUAAGGUUGUUCCUGUGAAACAGAGAGAUGGGGAGGGGGAAUCCGAGCCUUCUAGUAAGGAUAAAACUUCAAAUUUGGAAGAGAUGAAGAAGGAGAACGUGAAGAAAGAUGCGUUGAGUUAUGAUUGGCUGAUUGAGUUUGAAGAGGAGUACUGGAAGAGUUUUCUCAAGGAGAAAGUGAAGGAAGAAGAGCAGUUGACAGAGAACCCUCUCGAGCAAUCAGAGUCACUAACUGUCGCGGAUUAUGGCUGGCCGGACAACAAGACGGGCGCUGAUCAGAACUGCUGGAGCGGUUUAUCGGCCGAGGAGAUGUUUGAUGUGGAUGAGCUUCUUGGCGACAUAAACGAGAACAUUCCGCCAGGGCCAAGCCAAGAACGGGACACGAGGAUCGACAUGGCCGGUCCAAACGAAUCAGCUCUGUCCACCGGGGUCGCGAAAUCGCAAAACGCGAGCCUUGACUACGGGCUGCCAUUGCUCGAGCUCGAUCAGCAAGAUGGGCAAGAUCUGUUCGACUUUAGUUUCCUUGAUCUUGAGAGCUGGAACUGUUAGGCUGUAUCAGACGGAUGAAGCUGGUGACUCCGUCAAAUCUUGAUGCCUGAAGACCGCCAUGGGUGGAUUCUCUCUAGCUUGUGAGUAGGCUGGAACUUGAGAGCUGGGAUGUUGUUACAGAACCGGUGACUGAUCUUUGUAAGACAACGUAGGAAGAUUUGACCAAUGGACAAAGAAGACACAAAAGAUUUCAUUUGUUCUUUACAUGCAACUCUUCGAUUCUCUAUUGAGUUUUUUGAGGAUAGAGAAACUACAUCUCCCUGUGCAGAUGCCUCUUGCUUUUUUUUUUUUUUUUUGUACAUACAAAAAAGAAUCGGACCCUUUGUUGUUUCCUUUGUGAUAGUAAUGGGCUUAUUGGGCUCUUAUGAAAUUAAUGGGCCGUUGAUGGGCUUAGUAUUUGAAAUAAAAGUAGGUUGUGGAA